CGUGUUCGCGAACAUCUCUCACAAUGCCACCCCUGUCAGGAUUCUCCAACAACGCCCUCCGAACCAGGGCGGACUUGGUCCAAGCUACGCUCGCGCUCCUCCGGCCCCUCCUACCCCACUUCUCCCCGUCCAAGGGCCGGAUCCGAAUUCCGGUGACUUCGGCAACGCACUUUGAUGAAACAGCUGCCCAGCUCGAAGGUUUCGCCCGGCCGUUAUGGGCUGUAGGCGCGUUACUCCUUGGAGCUGAUGCCACUUCAGAUCCAUCACUGUCCGCUGCAAUCACCGAAGUAGUCCAGCCAUGGAUCGACGGCUUCGUCACAGGAACCGACCCAGAGCACCCGGAGUACUGGGGACCAAUCACUGGCCCAGAUCAGCGGAUGGUAGAGGCCGAGAUUGUAGCAUUUGCUCUUCUUUCCGCGCCUGAUCGCAUCUUCAAGCCGUUGAGCGACAAGUCAAAAGAGAACAUCACCAACUGGCUCCGGUCUUUGAACGGAAUGGAAAUGCCAAAGAACAACUGGCGUUGGUUCAGGGUGUUUGGAAACUUAGCUCUGUUCAAAGUCUGCGGUGUGCCGUAUGAGACUGUUCGCGAUGAGAUUAAUUCAGACUUGGCCCUCCUGGAUAGCUUCUACCGAUUCGAUGGCUGGUCGGCAGACGGUCCCUGGCAAACGCCGGAGCAGGCUCAGGAUGAGUUCGAGCAGUUCGAAAAGACUGGAAGGCGUGACGCGAUAGGAAUUGGCAGACAGGCCGACUACUACUCUGGUAGCUUUGCAAUCCAGUUCAGCCAGCUGCUCUAUUCUCGAUUCGCUGCCGAUAUCGACCCUGAACGAGUGGAGAAGUACCGCCAAAGAGCGAGAGACUUUGGUGCCACUUUCUGGCGAUACUUUGACUCUGAAGGCUCUGCCAUACCAUUUGGUCGGUCUCUGACCUAUCGCUUCGCCUGCGGAGGAUAUUUCGCUGCUAUAGCUCUUGCAAAGGUACCCGAUAUGCCAAAGCCUCUCGAUACCCCUGGCGCUAUCAAAGGUUUUCUUUUGAGGCAUCUGAGGUGGUGGGCAAGCAACUCCGAUGGUGUAUUUUAUCCUGAUGGUACCAUGAAUAUUGGUUGGUUAUAUCCGAACAUGUUUUUGUGUGAAGACUACAACUCACCUCAGUCUCCCUACUGGUGUUUGAAGACCCUUGUUGCGGUUGGUCUUGCGGAGAAUGACGACUUCUGGAUUGCAGAGGAAGAGCCAUACCCCACGUUUUCUUCAACAGACUCGAUCGCCCUCGUCCCAGCCCCCCAGCAAAUCGUGUGCAACCAUCCUGGGAGCAACCAUCACUUCCUCCUUUCGCCAGGACAAUUCGUAGCAUGGCCCAUGAAGGCCAACCAAGCCAAGUACUGCAAAUUCGCAUACUCAUCCGCGUUCACAUUCUCCGUACCAACGGGCCCGCUUAUCCAGCAAAUUGCCCCCGAUAAUGCUCUUGCUCUGAGCCGGGACGGCGGAGAGACGUGGGCGGUAAAGUGGAAAUCGGAUCUAGUGCGCUUCUCGACUGCGUUCAUACAGACAGCUUCUGGUACACAAGAAGUACAAGCAGCGAGCGCAAAGUGGUACCCAUGGGGUGACAGAGCCGUCAGUGUAGACACCACAUUGAUCCCGCCGUCUGACCAAUGGCCGGACUGGCAUGUUCGGGUACACAGAAUUAAGGUGCACGAAAAGCUCAAGACGUUACACACUAUUGAGGGCGGUUUCGCCAUCUCCGGCCGCAAAAAGGGAGGCCAGACUGACGGGUUGCCUCUGCCUGUCAUCUCCGAGAUUCCGAAAGACGCCAGCUUGGGCUCUGCCGAAGGGAUUUUACAGAAAGAGCUUUCUACCUUGGUCUUGUCUUCCGCGGGCGCCAGCGGCGUGGUUUCGAAAUCGUUGAGUAAUCCUCAGACGACAUCAGAAAGUUUCCCACUGAAGCCCGACUCGAACACAAACUUGGCCUGCCCUAGGACCUUGAUACCGGUUAUUUCACACGCCACUGUCGGUGGCCUGGAUGCUGGAUUUGAAAUCGUCUUGGUCGAGUCUAUCUUUGCAUUGUCUACCUCGGUAAACAGGGGUUGGUCCAGCACUGGAAAGACAUUGGCAGAACGAUGGUUGGAUGCUCCACGGGUGCAGCUGGACUCUGGGUUGUCAGACUCUGCAGACGAUGACGUUAUGUUAGUUGUUGCUUCCACUCAAGGUUGAGUUACUUUAAUAAGCCGGGCAUAUACACUCCUAGAGAUCCAAGACACCAAACAGCAUCCCCGUAAGUUUGUCCUUGCGAAAGAACAGGCAUGGACUAGCAUUUGAAAUAUGACUGUCACUUAAUGGUGUUGAGAAUGAAUGCUUCUUCAAUCUUGCAGUGCGUACGCAUCUAAAAGUUUCAUCGCUGUAGCAUUUUGAGUUGUACUUGAGAUAUAUCAAGCAUGCCACUGGAGGUUCAUGGCUCAGAUGGAGGUAUGGUGUAAGUGCGCUACAGUCGAUUUUGAUAUGGAUCAAGAGAACUUUACACUACAAGAAGUCAGUAAUAUUUUGCGGAACCUUGAUGAGACCAUUUCUAUAUCCGUGCAUUCAUAUUUGAUA